AUGUCUCCCACCCCCUUCGGCGCCCCGAUGCGCCAACAAUUCCUCCUCGACCCGAACUAUAGAAACCUAAACCACGGGUCCUUCGGCACCUACCCCCACCCCCUCCUCGCAACCCAACAAGCCUACCAGCGCCUCGCCGAAUCCUCCCCCGACGAAUUCCUGCGCUACACGCAACCCACCGCGCUCCUCACCGCGCGCCACGCCCUCGCCUCCCUCCUCAACUGCCCCGCAAAGGACCUCGUCACCGUCAAAAACGCAACCACCGGCGUCGCCACCGUGCUGCACAACCUCGCCCCGCACUUCGCGGCCGGCGACACGCUCAUCUACUUCUCGACCAUCUACGGCGCCGUCGAGAACGGGCUGUUCUCGCUGCUCGAGCACCUCCCGGCCCCCAACCUGCGGCUGCGGAAGAUCGAGUACGCGUUCCCGAUCACCCAGACCGAGCUGGUGCAGCGGUUUCGGGAGGUGGUGCGCGAGGUGCGGGCGGAGGGGUGCACCCCGAAGAUCGCGGUGCUGGAGACGGUGGUGAGUGUGCCGGGGGUGCGGUUUCCGUUCGAGGAGAUUAUCCGGGUGUGUAGGGCGGAAGGGGUGUGGAGUCUUGUGGACGCAGCGCAUGGCGUGGGGAUGAUUGAGUUGGAUCUGGGGACGCCCCUCCCGGAUAAGGGCCAGGAUGGGCUUGAGCUUGGGCCAGAGCGGUUGGGCAAGGUCGGGGGCGUGGAUUUCCUGACGAGUAAUUGCCAUAAGUGGCUCUACACCCCCCGCAGCGCGGCCCUCCUCUACGUCAACCCCUCCCUGCAGCACCUCAUCCGCACCACCCUCCCCACCUCCUGGGGGUAUAUUCCCCCUCCAUCCGAGACGCCGGCGAAACCCUCGCUGAUGGCGAGUGCGGGACGGAAGACCGCGUUCGAGGCGCUGUUCGAGUUCGUGGCGACUGCCGACGAUACGCCGUAUCUGUGUGUGCCUGCCGCCCUGAAGUUCAGGGAGGAGGUGUGCGGUGGCGAGGGGGCGGUUUAUGCUUAUCUUGAGGAGUUGGUGAAUGAGGGGGCGGAUUUGGUGGCGAACGGGUUGGGCACGGAGGUUCUUGGGGAGGGGGAUGCAGCAGGUAAAGAAAAGGGGAGGAGUGCGUGGAGGAGGUGUGCCAUGAAUAAUGUGCGGUUGCCGGUUAGGGUCGUGCAAAAGGUAGGAGGGGAGGAGAAUGCCCCCGGUCUAACAGCGGAGCUCGUCCCCGCGGUGGUGGAUUGGAUGCAGAGGAGACUGGUCGAGGAUUACCGCACCUUCGUGCCCGUCUUUGCCCAUGCCGGCUGGCUGUGGGUGCGCUUGUCGGCCCAGGUCUACCUCGACAGGAGCGAUUUCGAGUGGUUGGUCCCUGUGCUGAAGGAGUUGGUGGGUCGCGUCAAGGAGGAGUUUAAGCUUGGAAAGGUGUCGCAUCUGUAG